GCGUCCUCAGAGCCCACGUGUUCACGGAGCAUGGCGGAGAUGGAGAGUCGGGGCCUGGCAGAGUCUGUGUCCCCCGGGGGGCCGGCCAAGAGCGGCCCCCGGCCCGCCGACCGUGAGGGCCUGCUGAAGCAGAGCCGCGAGUUCUUGGACUUCUUCUGGGACAUCGCGAAGCCGGAGCAGGAGACGCGGCUGGAGGCCACGGAGAAGCUCCUGGACUAUCUGCGCGCGAGGCCGCAGGGAUCCGAGAUGAAGUACGCCCUGAAGCGGCUAAUCACCGGGCUCGGGGUCGGGCGAGAAACCGCCCGGCCCUGCUACAGUCUGGCCUUGGCACAGCUGUUACAGUCUUUUGAAGACAUCCCCUUGUGUAGUGUCUUGCAGCAGAUACGAGAGAAACAUAACCUGCAGAAAGUUAAGAAGGCCAUGAUGAGACCUGCUCUUUUUGCAAACCUGUUUGGGGUGCUAGCCCUCUUUCAGUCAGGCAGGCUAGUGAAGGACUCGGAGGCACUGAUGGAGUCAGUAAAGCUGCUGCAGACCCUGGCCCAGCACUACAACCACUUGCAGGAGCAGCCCCAGAAGGCCCUGGUGGACAUCCUCUCUGAGGUUCCAGAAGCCACGUUGCAGGCGAUCCUGCCGAAAGUCCUCAAGGCGGACUUGAAUUCGGUGCUGGGCUCCCCUGAGCACCUGGAGCUCUUCCUCUUGGCCCAGCAGAAGGUGCCGGAGCAGCUCAAGGAGCUCAUGGGACCAGUCAACCUGUUCUCAGAUGAGAACAUCCCCAGACUGGUGAGUGUCCUGAAGGUGGCGGCCGCCUCCGUGAAGAAGGAGCGCAAGCUGCCCGCCGUGGCUCUGGACCUGCUCCGCCUGUCGCUUCGCGAGGGCAAGUUCUCCCGGUUCUGGAAGGAAGUUGUGGAGCAGGGGCUACUGAAGAAGCAGUUCUGGCCUGCCAGCUACCUGUGCUUCCGCCUGCUGGGCGCGGCGCUGCCGCUGCUGUCCAAGGAGCAGCUGCCGCUGGUGAUGCGGGGGGACCUGGUCCGGCACUUCGGGGAGCACAUGGUCACUGCUAAGCUCCCAAACCAGUUCAAGUUUGCUCCGGAGAUGAACGAGUACGUGGGUGCCUUCCUAGAAGGCUGCCGGGACGACGCCGAGCGGCAGUUGGCCGUGGUGGUGGCCUUCACCUGCAUCACCAACCAGGGCCUCCCUGUCCUGCCUACGUUCUGGAGGGUCGUGCGGUCCCUGAGUCCCCAGGCCCUCAAGGGCUAUGUGGCCUGGCUGCAGAACAUGUUUCUCCGGCCCGACCUGGACUCCCUGGUGGACUUCAGCACCAGCAACCAGAAGAAAGGCCAGGAUGCCUCGCUGCACGGGCCUGAGCGAGCUGCGUUCCGGCUGCGGAAGUGGGUCAUCCUUCGCCUGGUCAGCAUCGUGGACACCUUGCAUGCGGAGAAGGAGGACGACGUGAUCGAGGAGGUGGCCAGGUUUUGUUUCUUCCACUCAUUCUUUGAAACGAAGAAGCCCACGUCCCAGAUUCCGGAGACGGAGCAGCAGUUCUCCUUCCCUCUGGAGAGCCGGACCCGGGAGGUGGUCAGCGGUGCUUUCUUCAGCCUGCUGCAGACCAUCAGUGCCCAGUUCAGGCAGGCACCGGAGCAGACCCAGGACGGGCAGCCCUGGACCUUCCGCCUGGUACAGUUCGCAGACUCGCUGUUGAACCACGGCCGCAACGUGACCCCCCUGACGCCCUUCAGUGCGCAGCAGCGCCAGGCCUGGGACCGGAUGCUGCAAACGCUGAAGGAGCUGGAGGCCUGCUCGCCAGAGGCCAAGGCCAAGGCCAAGGCCUUCCAGCUCCUGCUCUUCCUCGUGGGUACCCACCUCUUCAAGUCGCCGGCAGAGAGCUGCGACCUGCUGGGGGACAUCCAGACCUGUGUCAAGAAGUGCCUGGGGGAGAAGACCCGCCGGACCCGCUCCAAGGCCACCAUCCCCCAGGAGCCGCCGUGGGUGGAGGUGCUGGUGGAGAUCCUGCUGGCUCUCCUGGCCCAGCCCAGCCACCUGAUGCGCCAGGUGGCCCGGACCGUGUUCGGCCACAUCUGCGCCCACCUGACGCCACGUGCUCUGCAGCUGAUCUUGGAUGUGCUGAAUCCCGAGAAGAGCCAGGAGGAGGACAGCGUGGUGGUCACGGACGAUUCCGAGAAGCAGCUGGAGAGCGGGGAGGAUAAGAGCUCGGACAGCGAGGACGACAGGCACUCAGCCAGUGAGGAGGACAGCGACGAGGAGGACAGCGCCGAGGAGGACCGGGACGGGGACGUGGACCAGGGCUUCCGGGAGCAGCUCAUGGCCGUGCUGCAGGCGGGGAAGGCGCUGGGCGCGGUGGACGGUGAGGACGACGACGAGGAGCUGGGGGACGAGGCCAUGAUGGCCCUGGACCAGAACCUCGCCAGCCUCUUCGCCGAGCAGAAGCUGCGCAUCCAGGCCCGGAAGGACGAGAAGAAGCAGCUGCAGAAGGAGAAGGUGCUCCGGCGAGACUUCCAGAUCCGGGUGCUGGACCUGAUCGAGGUGCUGGUGACCAAGCAGCCCGAGAACCCGCUGGUGCUGGAGCUGCUGGAGCCCCUGUUGGACGUCAUCCGGCGGAGCAUGCGCACCAGCAGCUCCAAGCAGGAGCAGGACCUCUUGCACAAGACGGCCCGCAUCUUCACACACCACCUGUGCCGCUCCCGGCACUACUGCCACGACGUGGGCCGCGGCGUGGGGUCCCUGUACGCACAGGUGGAGCGGCUGGUGCAGCAGGCCGGCCGCCAGGCCGACGCCUCUGUGUCCCUGUAUUACUUCAACGCGGCGCUCUACCUGCUUCGCGUCCUGAAGGGCAACGCCGCCGACGCCUGCGUCAGCAAGACCCCGAAGAAGCGGAAAGCCGGCCCCAAGCCCAAGGGCCCAGAGGCUGCCGGCUGCUUGGAUCUGAGCCUCGUGACCCCGAUCUACUCGUCAGCGUUGACCUCCUUCCUGACCAGGCGCAACAGCCCGCUGACCGUGCCCAUGUUCCUCAGCCUCUUCUCCCGGCACCCGGUGCUCUGUAAGGGCCUGCUCCCUGUCGUGAUCCAGCACGUGACGGGCCAGGCGCGGCCCCGCCACCAGGCCCAAGCUUGCAUGCUGCUGCAGAAGUCCUUGCCCGUGCGGGAGCUGCGGCUGUGCUUUGAGGACCCCGAGUGGGAGCAGCUGGUCGGCCAGAUCCUGGAGAAGGUCACGGAGAACCUGCGGACGCUGGGUGAGGCCCAGACCAAGUCGGAGCAGCAGAGAGAGCUGUCCUCCUUGGGCCUGCUCAACACGCUGUUCAGGAAUGUCCACCAGGAGAAGCUGACCGUGGACCUGAGCGCCGUGCUGGGUGUGCUGCAGAACCGGCAGGAGAGCCUGCAGCAGGGGGAGCGCCCGGCUGGCUCCAGCCGCCUCUGCGAUCUUUACUGGCAGGCCAUGAAGGCCCUCGGGGUCCAGCGCCCCAAGUCUGAGAAGAAGGGUGCCAAGGAAGGCCCCAGCGUCACGCAGAGCCCCGUUAGCACGAAGAGGAAGAAAAAGGGGUUCUUGCCCGAGAGCAAGAAGCGUAGGAAGCACCAGCCGGAGCCUGCGGUGCCGGAGGAGGGCGCCAAGGCCGCUUCCGGGGGGGACCAGCCCCCCAGCGCCCGCAAGAAGAGGAGGAACAGGCGGAAGGCCCGGGGGCCAGCGCAGGCCAAUGGGACGCCUGCCACCAAGAGCCCGCCCCCGGACGCCACCAGCCCCAGCCCCAGCGCUCCUGCCAAGACCCCGAAGCUGGAGAAGAAGCGGAGUCUGUCCCAGGUGAACGGGGCCACGCCCGUGCCCCCCGUGCCCCCCGUGUCCCCCGAGGCGCCCGCCGGCAGAAAGCAGCCUCUGAAGGAUCUGCCGGAGAAGGGGGUGUCCGGCAAGUCGCCGCAGUCCGCACUGCCGCGGAAGAAGGCCAGGUUGUCUUUGGUCAGCAAGAGCCCCAGCCUCCUCCAGCGCGGGGCCAAGAGGAAGAAGGCCUCGCUCAAGAAGGCCCGGAAGCCCUGAGCGCAGGCCCGGCCCCCACCCCGGAGACCCGCGUUUCCACCGCGUGCAGUACCAGCGCCCGGCACGGGGGGGGGGGGGGCGCGUCCGCAGCCCCCUCGCCGCGCCCCCGGGGUCCCUCGUGUCCCCCACCCCAGGCUGGUCAGCCCUGGGAGCCAGUGCAGCGUCCUUUAAAUAGGUUUAUUCCUUCAUUUACAAGAGGAACAUAUUUGGCUUCUCUCUUAAGACUCUGAGAUUCACAAUCAGCAGCUCUAAAAAAUAAAGGAGCAGUUUGGCUUCCGGAAGGAAGAGGAGGCAA